AUGGCGUGUGGCUUGAAAGUCCCUGGUUCCGAUACGAAGGCUGGAAGGAAACAAGGGGCCAGAAUACAAUCCCUCUGGUGGCAUAAUCUCCCUGAUCAUGCUAUGCACCUCAUGUUCCGUGAGGUGACGGAUCUCGCAGCCCGAGUCCAUCAAAUGAAAACAUCCCGCAAAUCAGUCGACGAUACUCUUAAACUUAUGGCUCAUGCGGGAGAGCUCGUUCGAAGGCUGGAAAACUGGACCCCAGACGUGUCGAUGGUGGACCAAGAGCACACAGAUUCCGUCCAGCACUUUAACGCCAUAUGGCAGCUUGGAUUACUUUGUUUUAUCCACCAGGAAAUUUACACUCUCGAUUCCAGCGAUACUCGCAUCCAGAAGUACGUAGCCAUGGCUAUCGAACCUCUCCGGAAACUCUCGUGGCUACAGGCCUGUCUUUUCCCCCUUUUCAUGCUCGCGGUGCAUGCUCAAACAUCGGAGUCACGGAUAUUUGGAGUCACUAUGAUACAUAUGGACCUGCUGCCUCCAGAUGGCGAGAUCUAA